AAAAGCCAGUUGACGUAGGCUAGCUCACGUUAGCUGUCAGCCGGGUUCAGUCAUUAAGCAGGGAUGGAGGUGACACGCAGAAAUUAUAAAGACAGUUUAAACACGGUGUACAGCGCGAUAGAGGAGGCAGACUUCCUUGCCAUCGAUGGAGAAUUUUCAGGGAUAAGCGACGGUCCUAAUGUCAGUGCACUAACCAACGGGCUAGACACACCGGAGGAGCGAUACAAGAAGCUUAAAAAGCACUCCAUGGACUUUCUGCUGUUUCAGUUUGGUUUGUGCACGUUCAAGUACGACCAGGCGAAGUCAAAGUAUGUCAUAAAACCUUUUAAUUUUUAUAUAUUCCCGAAACCGUUCAACAGGACGUCUCCUGACAUAAAGUUCAUCUGUCAAAGUUCCAGUAUUGACUUCCUGGCCAGUCAGGGAUUUGACUUCAACAAGGUGUUCUGUAAUGGAAUCCCAUACCUAAAUCAAGAAGAGGAAGCCCAGCUGAGGGAGCAGACAGAGGAGAGGAGAAAUCAACAUGCUAACGGUAUAGGGACACCAUCCUACAUCUCCCCAUCCUCCUCCAAAGGCCCUGCACAUGUUCCUGAGGAACAUAAAGACUUCAUCAACAGGGUCAUAGAGAAGGUUGAGGCCCUCUUUACUAACUCAGAGAAGACUUUGGAGUUGGAGCCGUGUACUGGGUUUCAGAGAAAGCUGAUAUACCAGACACUGAACUGGAAGUUUCCCAAGGGGCUUCAUGUGGAAACCAUUGAAACAGAAAAAAAGGAGCGAUACAUCCAGGUCAGCAAAGUAGAUGAUGAGGAGAGGAAGAGGAGGGAACAGCAGAAACUGGAGAAAGAGCAGGAGGAGCUAAAUGAUGCUGUUGGCUUCUCCAGGGUCAUCCACGCCAUCUCUAAAUCGGGUAAACUUGUGGUUGGACACAACAUGCUGCUGGAUGUGAUGCACACCAUCCACCAGUUCUACUGCCCUCUGCCAGAGGAUCUUCAAGACUUUAAAGAGGUCACAAUGUGUGUCUUUCCAAGACUUCUGGACACAAAGUUGAUGGCUUCCACUCAGCCUUUUAAGGAGCUGAUCACGAACACCUCUCUGGCAGAGUUGGAGAAACAGCUGAAGGAGACCCCCUUCAAGUCACCACAAGUUGAAACUGCAGAGGGAUUCCAUAGUUAUGACACCGCCCAGGAGCAGCUCCACGAGGCUGGGUAUGACGCCUACAUCACUGGCCUCUGUUUCAUCUCAAUGGCCAACUACCUGGGUUCUUUCUUGACUCCACCCAAAGCGUACAUCUCUGCUCGCUCCAAACUAAUUGAGCCGUUCUUCAACAAGCUUUUCCUGAUGAGGAUAAUAGAUAUUCCCUACCUCAACAUCACAGGACCAGAUUUGCAACCUAAAAGAGACCAUGUCCUGUAUGUCACCUUUCCAAAAGAAUGGAAGACUAGUGACCUCUACCAGCUCUUUAGUGCCUUUGGAAACAUCCAGGUUUCAUGGAUAGAUGACACAUCAGCAUUUGUGUCCCUAAGUCAGACGGACCAGGUACAGAUAGCUAUGAACACCAGUCGCUAUGCAGAGAGUUACAGGAUCCAGACUUAUGCAGAGUACAUCCAGGGUAAGCAGCAGGACAAGGAGAAGCUCGGUCAGACAACCAAAUCUUGGGGAGAGGACGGCUGGGCUAAAUCUCACUACACCUCUACUACUUCGUGUGGAUAUGGAUAUCCCAGGGGUUUGCGGAAACGCAGCAUCAGUCCUGUUCAGGGAGAGCACGAAUCUGGAGAGGCUCUAAUUGCAGACGGCUGGAGUCACUACUCGUAUCCGGAUAGCACAGGCAGCAAGAAGAUGAAAACUGAUGACAUAAGUGGACAGGCAAAUGCAGAAGCUGUCGAGAGCAAGACAUCAGAAGGAUGGCUAAAGACGGCAGAUUCCUCAGAUUCAGCAGGGUUAAGUCUGGUCCCUGACGAGGAGGAAGGUCCUGAGCCCACAGAUCCAGCCAAUGAUGCUGAGGGGACAGUCACCUGGCAACAAGCCUCAACAGUCCACAGGAGGAAAGGUCAAAAGAAAAAGAAAGCUGAAGGUGCUGAAUCUACAACAUCACUGUUUGAGGUCCCAGAAGUCUGGUAGCAAGAGGUGAGGAGUGGAGAAGCCUCUGUCACACACUAAGCUCCUGCUCUGAGUCUCUUCAUCCUGUAAGGGUUGUACAUCACUGGGAGUGGUGUACGCCCUAAAUUCAUUCGUUCACUCAACAGCUGUGGAUACCUUGUCCAAAGCUACCAGCCAAGCCACUUGACUGAAAGAGAGAACACAAGCCAUAACAGCUGCCAUAUUUUUGAUCUUGUACCAGAGGAGCAGGCAACUCUGCUGGGUAAACGCACGCACACACCACUAGAAUCUUAAAAUCUAAACUCCAGAAAUGUUCAUUUAUUCUGUGUUCUGACUGGAAUCUGCCACCACAGCCAUGCAGUCACUUUGAAAUCUUUUUAAUGACACCGUCACCUCCAUCAGUCUUAUAUUUUGUAUGUGAGUUUGUGCAUGUGAGAGAGAUGUACCUUUUUCUCCAGUCUUUGUAUCCCUGUGAAUCCAUUUCCUUUACUUUACAAUAUCUGGAUUAUUUAGAUUUUUUUUUUUUUAAUGCAGUCACAUUUUUCCCUUUUUAAAAAAAAAAAGUUCCAUCAACUACCCCAGUUUUAUGAAACGUAAGUUUAUUAUUGGUGGCAUUUUGAUCCUUAGAGGUGCUUGUUUUUGUACAGAAUUGUUUUUCUUUACCUUUUUUUGUGUUUUGUAACUGUCAACCUGCAACAAUGUCUGUUCUAAUGCAAAAUGUGUGAACGUUAAGAAGACGAAUACUUUUUUGUACAAGAUAAAGUUUAAAAAUCUUAAAUAUUUCCUUGGAAAAGGAAAGAAUAAAAGAAUGUUUCUUA